GUCUAAUUGGCGGGCAAUGUUAUGAGGUUCAACUUCCUGACGGUACUCGACAGGUCUUCCACAAGGAUCAUUUGAAGCCCUAUUUCAGCUCGGAAGAUAAACAUCAGUCUGGUGAGCCAGAUGAAGACCAUCUGCCUUCAUCUAUCGCCAGAGGUCACAAAAGAGAGAGACUGUCAUCUCCACCUAUCGCGGAAGACCUUCCACUUAAGAGGCGAGUGCGAAUUGUGUCUUCUGGUCACACUUUCCUAGCCUGGAAAGAUGAAGAUGGUACG